AUGCAUUUCUCAAAGUCCGGCGUCCUCGCCGCCAUUGUUCUGCUCUCUUCCGAGGCUUCAGCCCUUAACUUGAAGCACCGCAGCCUUUACCAGAGGCCCCAGAACGCCAGAGCCAUUCAGGCCAGCUACUCAGCCAUUCCUCACGGCUCAGCCCCAGCCGCCCCUUCGGGUUCCAUCAUUCCCUCGGCAGCUUCCUCGGUCUCUCCCGAGGCCACCGAGACUGACGACGAAUGCUUGCCUGAAGAGACCGAAGGAUCCACCUACACCAACGGCACAUCCGCUUAUUCUCCCUCCGGAGCCUCGUCCGUCUCUCCCGAGGCCACUGAGACUGAGGACGAAUGCGAACCUGAAGAGACCGGCGCCUCCAGCGGCACUGACAACAGUGACACUGGCUACGGAAGCGGCAGCUCUGCUUCUAUUCCUCUCGUCACAGGAACAGGCUCUGGACCUUAUGCUACCGUUACCGGUAUUGCUCCCUUUGGAAACACCACAACCACCGCCACUGCAGAUGCCGGUGCCGUCACGACCUUGACUGUUGGAGUCACCAACAUUCAGACCGUCAUCUCUUGCGCCCCUACCGUGACAAACUGCCCGGCUGCCAGCAACACUGCCGCCUACUCGAGUGCUCUCGCCACUCUGGGCUCUGAGGCCAUCUCUACUGUCCUUGUCACCAGCGUCAUUGACAUUACCACGACCGUCUGCCCCGUCACUGCUGCCAGCUCUAUCCACUCGUCCAUUAUCGACAGCAUUGUCAGCAGCUCUGCUACUCUCACCUCUACCGACUCUGCUGGUUCCAUCGUCACUAUGACCAUUACUGCCAGUUCCGGUGCUGCCACUGCCGUUCCUAUUCCUACUGGUGGCUCUACCGGCGGUUCCGAGAGCGGUAACAGCGGAAACAGCGGAAACAACGGAGGCUCUUCUGGAGGUUCCGAGGGCGGCAACAACAACGGAGGUUCUGGAAGCUCCAACGGAGGAUCCAACGGUGGUAGCAAUGGCGGUUCUUACUCGACCGUCACUGGAACUGACGGCAGCACCACUGUUGUCUCCAACGAUGCUGUCACUGCCUCUGCCACCCCAACCUCUGCUCAGGCUGUCGAGACUGUCGUUACCGUCACCAUUGGCACUCAGACCUUGACCAGCUCUUUGACUGUCACGCCCACCUAUGCCGCUGGUAGCGGAGUUGCUAGCGGCUCCCCUGCCGGUCCUCAGACUGUUGUCGUGACCAUUCCUGCCGACAACGGCGAGGCCGCCACCAUCACUGUCACUGCUACAGCUGCCAGCUCCAACGACGCCGUCCAGGCUACUAGCAGCGCAAAUGCAGAGGCCAGCACUGUCUACGUCACUGCUCCUGCCGCCACUCCCAGCACUGUCUACGUUACUGCUUCGGGAGCUGCGGCCGAGGCCAGCACCGUUUACAUUACCGCCUCUGGAGCCGCUGGUGGUGAGGCUAGCACUGUUACCGUUACAGGUGCCGGAGCGGGAGCCGAGACGAUUACUGUUACGGCUGGCGGAGCCGGUGCUGAGACCGUCACUGUUACUGCCGGAGGAGCCGCUGCUGCCACCGAGACUGUCACCGUGACUGCUGGAGGCGCUGCCGGUGCUACCGAGACGGUUACCGUCACAGCUGGAGGAGCUGAUGCCGAGACCGUUACUGUCACCGCUACUGCCGCCGGGGCUUCAGGACUCUGUUCGUAUUACCCAUCGGAGAAUAAUAGACGAAGAUGCUAA